CGCCAGGAGAAGACACUAGUCAGCCAGAGGUGCCAGUGUUCAGUGAGUGCGGUCGUAGAAAUACGUACAGUUUUUAAUUAGUUUCUUUAAAAUAAUCUACACAUUGAUGAGUUGUUAUUAAUUUGUGUUUAUUUUUUUUUAAUUGUUCAAUUGCUGAAUAAAUGUAUAUAUAACUUAAUAUCAGAAGUGGGAUAGUUAUCAAAUACGAAUGUACGAUCAUUUCGUAUCCACAUGUUAGAGAGGUUAGUAGAUCUAGUGUCGCUCAGAACGGUUGUACUACGGUGGAGUUGUGGUCACGCCACGGUACAUUAACGCGGUAACGGUAAACGUGCGAGUUGUCAGUAUCUUAUCAGAUAAACAUAAUAUACGUUCAGGCCGUUAUCACGAAGUUAAGCCGACAUUAAUCGUACUGGGUAUUUAUUAAUGCACAAUGCCUAUCGAGGAUAAAGGAUUAACUCAAACGGGAGUUCAUGAGCUAAUGCGGAUGAUAAUUGAACAAAAUGCGCAACGAGACAAAAAUUUGGAAAAAGUAUUAGAUCGACUUGGAACCGGCAUACAGUUCAAUAUGGUUCCAGAUUUAAAACAGAACAUCGGACGUUUCAAUGGGGAAAGUAGCGAUUGUGCGGUGGCUGAAGAAUGGCUCAAAGCAAUUAAUACAAUCGCACAUUUGCACAAUUGGCCGGAUGAGUACAAAUUAGAAGCGGUUCGAUCAAAUUUAGAAGGAGCGGCAAAAAACUGGUUUAUAUCAAGACAGACUGAAAUAGACCAAUGGUCGACUUUUGAAACCUUAUUUAAGGCCAUGUUUAUGUCUGAAUUGAGUUUGACGGAAAAAUGGAGACGCAUGGACAGUCGAGUGCAAGAAAAGGGUGAGUCGGUACACGUAUAUUUUCAUGAUAAACUAAGACUAUGUCGUAGUUUGGGAUUAUCAGCGUUAGAAACCAAAAAAAUGCUCUGUGUAGGAUUGUUAUCAAGGGAACUUUGUAAUAUUUUAUUAAGCAAUCCACAUAUACAAGAAGUAGACUUAAUCAGAGAUAUACGUGAAUUUGAAGAGGUGUUUAAAGAAAGAAAUAAUCGUUUCCACGAAACCACUCCGCUCAAUAAUAUUACUAUUAGGCAACCGAAAGAAUUGUCACCACAGAAACUAGAAAAUCAGAUGGGGAAUGCAACUACUCGUUCGCGAAAUAUCCGCUGCUAUAACUGUUCAAAUUAUGGACAUAUUGGACGAGACUGCCCCAACCCUAAGAGACCUAUGGUCUGUACCAAUUGUGGUAAGGAGGGCCAUACCAAGAAAUACUGUCAAGUUAAAACAGAACAACCCACAGUUAGUUUUAUUAAUACUCAACCAAGUAAAACUAAAUAUAUUAAAUCAAUUUCAAUUAAUAAUCACAGUACACCAGCAACUGGAUUGAUUGACACUGGAUGCGAUAUAUGCAUCAUAAAAUUAAGUGUGGCAAGUCUUCAUCAAUUGGAAAUACAACCGACUGACCGUAAGUUGAUGGUUUAUGGUAACAUCAAGGCGGAUCUUGUGUGCGGAUUGACCAAGGCGACGUUAAAGAUUGAUCAAGUAUCAGAGGAGGUAGAAUUGUAUGUUGUUAAUGAUGAUGUACAAGAAUAUGAUUUGUUGGUUGGUCAAACAUUUACUGAGAAAGACACAGUUACUUUUGUGAAAACCAGUGAGGAAUUGAUCUUUGAUUAUAAUAUUGUAUUUCCAUUUAUGAAUGAAAAACACUCAAUGAAUUCACCAGAAGAAGUUGGUGCUUAUAUUGGUCGAAUAAAUUAUGUACAAGGUGUACAACAAUCACUAGAGAAAGAAUCUUCAGUAGUAANUGUUAUCAUUUAA